GGGAGCAGGUCCUACCAGCCCAGCCCAGCCCAGCCCAGCCCAGCCCAGAGCAGGCAGCGGAAGCCAGCUUGGGGCAGCGCAGAGCAACACGGAGCACAGGUCUCUGCUGCUGAUGAAGCUGUGACCAAACGCACCCAACCCUUGGCAGCCAUCUGUCCCUGCAGCCAUAGCCCACAUUCCCAUGACCUCCCUCUGCUUGUUUUGGGACCAUGUCUGUACAGCCUCUAGGCCCCAGCCCCGGAGGUGAAUGCCGUGCCAUGACUCUGGUGUGCCCCAUGGCAUCCCCAGCCUAGCUCCCAUUCCCACUUUGGCACGAUGUUAGCCAACAGCUCCUCAACCAACAGUUCUGUUCUCCCGUGUCCUGACUACCGACCUACCCACCGCCUGCACUUGGUGGUCUACAGCUUGGUGCUGGCUGCCGGGCUCCCCCUCAACGCUCUAGCCCUCUGGGUCUUUCUGCGUGCGCUGCGUGUGCACUCGGUGGUGAGCGUGUACAUGUGUAACCUGGCGGCCAGCGACCUGCUCUUCACCCUCUCGCUGCCUGUUCGUCUCUCUUACUACGCACUGCACCACUGGCCCUUCCCUGACCUCCUGUGCCAGACGACGGGCGCCAUCUUCCAGAUGAACAUGUACGGCAGCUGCAUCUUCCUGAUGCUCAUCAACGUGGACCGCUACGCCGCCAUCGUGCACCCGCUGCGACUGCGCCACCUGCGGCGGCCCCGCGUGGCGCGGCUGCUCUGCCUGGGCGUGUGGGCGCUCAUCCUGGUGUUUGCCGUGCCCGCCGCCCGCGUGCACAGGCCCUCGCGUUGCCGCUACCAGGACCUCGAGGUGCGCCUAUGCUUUGAGAGCUUCAGCGACGAGCUGUGGAAAGGCAGGCUGCUGCCCCUCGUGCUGCUGGCCGAGGCGCUGGGCUUCCUGCUGCCCCUGGCGGCGGUUGUCUACUCGUCGGGCCGAGUCUUCUGGACGCUGGCGCGCCCCGACGCCACGCAGAGCCAGCGGCGGCGGAAGACCGUGCGCCUCCUGCUGGCUAACCUCGUCAUCUUCCUGCUGUGCUUCGUGCCCUACAACGCCACGCUGGCGGUCUACGGGCUGCUGCGGAGCAAGCUGGUGGCGGCCAGCGUGCCUGCCCGCGAUCGCGUGCGCGGGGUGCUGAUGGUGAUGGUGCUGCUGGCCGGCGCCAACUGCGUGCUGGACCCGCUGGUGUACUACUUUAGCGCCGAGGGCUUCCGCAACACCCUGCGCGGCCUGGGCACUCCGCACCGGGCCAGGACCUUGGCCACCAACGGGACGCGGGCGGCGCUCGCGCAAUCCGAAAGGUCCGCCGUCACCACCGACGCCACCAGGCCGGAUGCCGCCAGUCAGGGGCUGCUCCGACCCUCCGACUCCCACUCUCUGUCUUCAUUCACACAGUGUCCCCAGGAUUCCGCCCUCUGAACACACAUGCCAUUGCGCUGUCCGUGCCCGACUCCCAACGCCUCUCGUUCUGGGAGGCUUGCAGGGUGUACACACAAGAAGGUGGGCUGGGCACUUGGACCUUUGGGUGGCAAUUCCAGCUUAGCAACGCAGAAGAGUACAAAGUGUGGAAGCCAGGGCCCAGGGAAGGCAUUGCUGCUGGAAAUGGCUUCUUUAAACUGUGAGCACGCAGAGCACCCCUUCUCCAGCGGUAGGAAGUGAUGCAGAGAGCCCACCCGUGCAGAGGGCAGAAGAGGACGAAAUGCCUUUGGGUGGGCAGGGCAUUAAACUGCUAAAAGCUGGUUAGAUGGAACAGAAAAUGGGCAUUCUGGAUCUAAACUGCCACAGGGGCCUGAGAGCUGAAGAGCCCCAGGUUUGGUGGACAAAGCUACUGAGAUGCCUGUUCAUCUGCUGACUUCUGUCUAGGCUCAUGGAUGCCACCCCCUUUCAUUUCGGCCUAGGCUUCCCCUGCUCACCACUGAGGCCUAAUACAAGAGUUCCUAUGGACAGAACUACAUUCUUUCUCGCAUAGUGACUUGUGACAAUUUAGACUUGGCAUCCAGCAUGGGAUAGUUGGGGCAAGGCAAAACUAACUUAGAGUUUCCCCCUCAGCAACAUCCAAGUCCAAACCCUUUUUAGGUUAUCCUUUCUUCCAUCACAUCCCCUUUUCCAGGCCUCCUCCAUUUUAGGUCCUUAAUAUUCUUUCUUUUUCUCUCUCUCUCGUUUCUCUCUUCUCUCUCCUCUCCUCUCCUCUCUUCUCUCUUCUCCUCUUCUCUCUCUCUCCCUCUCUCUCCUUUGUCCAGAGUAAGGAUAAAAUUCUUUCUACUAAAGCACUGGUUCUCAAACUUUUUGGUCUCAGACCCCACUCUUAGAAAUUGAGGAUCUCAAAGAGCUUUGCUUAUAUUUUGUUCUUUUGAUACUUACCAUACUAGAAAUUAAAGCGAAUACAUUUUUAAAAUAAA